AUUAUAUUACUACCCUCACUACCACUGGCUAAAAUAAAAGAAAAAGAUAAAAUAAUCUCGUCUUUUUAUGCAUUAAAGAGUUAAUUUGAAUAAUAACAUCUAUACAUAUCAGUAACAAUGAAUACAAUAAACAUACUGCCGAUCAUCAUCUUCAUAAUUACAAUUCUAGCAAGCCAUAUAAUAUACAAUAAAAGUGACGAAAAUACACAAUAUAACAAUAUUUAUAAUAAAGAAACGAAUGAUACAACGCAAAACGAAGUAAAUGACAACGAAGUAAACGAACGAACCUGUCGGGAAAAAACUGUCUCCGAAACUGAAGAUAUUCUAGAAGGCGACUACAUUAUGACAUUUGUAUUACCAAUAGCAGUUAGUGCUGCUAUCUAUGUAACAUAUUCUGUAUAUGUCUGCCAUCGUCGUAGAGGUGCGCAUGUUAUGAAUUGGUAGAGCAACCAGGAAAAAUUCAGGAAAAAUUUGAAAUAGCCAACUAUAUUGCAAAUAGACAUGUUCCAGUUUAGGUUCCAGGUAGAUUUCCAUCACAUAGAGAAAUGAUGCGUAAAAUGAAACUAUAGAUGGGUAGACAAUACAUUUGGUUCACCAGUGUCGCUAUAAUUACAAAUAUUACAUUAUUAUAUACGCUGACGAAAUCAAUUCUUUGUUUUAUAAUGACAAUAAAUUACUUGCUAUGUGUGUAUGCAAUAUAAUUAAAAGAUAAAGCACUUUUGACAAUCAAAUAGUGUAAAAUAAUAUAAUAA